AAGACGAAAAAAGAGCCAGUCUCUGCUGCACCAUCGCGUUCUCCAGCUUCAGGUCUCAAGCCCUGUAGCCGAGAAGGCGAGGUCUGAUGUUACCCCACCGGUCGGCUCCGCCCUCAGUUUUGAUAUCCAUCCGGAACGCUUUCAGAUAGGAUCCUCAGUGAGACCACACUCGAUUGAAUCGGUCUGUCUCUACAGCCCGAAGAGGCGGGUUCGCUGAGGCCGUUCCAAGGCCAAAGCGAGAGGACCUUACUGCGCACGCGCAAUAGGCCGCCGAUGGAGCCACCGAUGGAGCCGUCCGGAGGGGAGCAAGAGCCCGGAGCCGUCAGGCUCCUGGACCUGCCUUGGGAAGACGUGCUGCUCCCACACGUCCUGAGCCGGGUGCCGCUGCGCCAGCUGCUCCGGCUGCAGCGCGUCAGCCGGGCCUUCCGGGCGCUAGUGCAGCUGCACCUGGCUGGCCUGCGCCGCUUCGACGCCGCUCAGGUGGGUCCGCAGAUCCCGCGGGCCGCAUUGGCCUGGCUGCUGCGAGACGCUGAGGGGCUGCAGGAGCUGGCCCUAGCACCGUGUCACGAAUGGCUGUCGGAUGAGGAUCUGGUGCCGGUGCUGACGCGGAAUCCGCAGCUGCGGAGCGUGGCUCUAGCCGGCUGCGGACAACUGAGCCGCCGAGCGCUGGGGGCGCUGGCGGAGGGCUGCCCCCGCCUGCAGCGCCUUUCCCUUGCGCACUGUGACUGGGUAGACGGUCUGGCGCUGCGCGGCCUCGCUGACCGCUGUCCGGCCCUUGAGGAGCUGGACCUCACCGCCUGCCGUCAACUCAAGGAUGAGGCCAUCGUAUACCUGGCGCAGAGGCGCGGCGCAGGCCUUCGCAGCCUCUCGCUGGCAGUCAACGCCAAUGUGGGGGAUACCGCCGUCCAGGAGUUGGCUCGGAACUGCCCGGAACUCGAGCACCUAGAUCUAACCGGCUGCCUCCGCGUCGGAAGCGACGGCGUCAGGUGCCUGGGCCUUGGUAACUGCCCGGCGUUGCGCUCGCUGCGGGUGCGGCACUGCCACCAUGUGGCCGAGCCCAGCCUGAGCCGCCUGCGGAAGCGCGGCGUGGACAUCGACGUGGAGCCGCCGCUGCAUCAGGCCCUGGUGCUCCUGCAGGACAUGGCUGGUUUUGCACCCUUUGUCAACCUGCAGGUCUGACCUGCCUGCCGAUGGGUCACAGCUGGACUGUGUGGGGGGGCCUGACUGUGAACUGUAGGGAAACUGGACUGUGGAGGCCUCUGGCUAGAGGCGGAUGCCCUGCCCCACCCUGGAGCUUCAAAUAAAGAGCUUUUUACCCCCUCUU